CUUGUAGCACACUGCCUCAGAGCUGUAGGGACCACUGAGAAGACGGAGAGGGCUGUGUGUGUUUCGGAUGAUGGAGAGAUAGGCGGACUGAAAAGAGCCUUUUUGACGCAGCAGGAAAAGGAAAGAAUAGGACACAAAUCUGAACACGGAUCAAAGUAACAAACUUUCAACUUUCUUUCCAUCCUGAGAAGAAACGGAAAGGAUAAGAUUUUCUUUCAAUAUCCAACCAGCAACUUUUGUGAAAUUGAAUUGUAAGAAAAAGGAAUAAUACUUUCUUGCAAUUGGAAGUAAAAAAGGCAAACACAUCUUUCAGUCAACAUUUCAUUGGAUUGAGAAAGAAAGGUUUAGAUAAACAAUCUCUUUCUCUCCAGUUGAGAAGGAUUUAUAACGUAACGUCUUUCUCUUGUAAACAAUAACUUGUCUACUAUACUCUCCAUCCUAGAGAAGUACGUUUCACCGACUGAACUGUCGAGGAAUUUAGUUAUCACUGCGGGAACUUGAAGAUUGACAAAAACAACAAAGCUUUUACGAAAGGUCCAUGAAGAACUCAUGCGUUGACCUAAAUCUAUUAUCGUCCCUUGUGAUAACGGAAAAAGAAAAUACCGAUAAUUUCUUGUGGAGAUAUAUUUUACGUGUGUGAAUUUAAAUUUCGUUAGAAUAUUUAAGGAAACGGCAACAAAAAAAUGUUGGUGGAAGUUAUUUAUAGGUGUGAUGACAUCACAGACAAAUUUUGCAGAGCACUUUGAUGUAUCACACGACAGAUUCCAAUUAACCAAUCAAAUUCCUUGAAUUUAUCUUUUUUUUUUCGUUUUUGAACAAAAUUGAAUAUUUACACACAACUUUUGAGAAUGGAAGUGGACUUUUACACUAUUUCUGCUGUGGUUUACACCGUCAUCUGAUAUUGUAGUGUUUACACUGAUUUUGGUGUAAAGUGAGAACAUUAAUUUCUAUACCAGUGUAAUAGUUUACACCAAGUUUCGACAUCUUGACAAGAAACAUGAAGCUUCCAAGUAACUUGUUCCGGCAGAUCUGCAAGGUUGGUGACAACGUAGUUUGGGAGACACACAAAGUCACACUUUCCCGCGUGCCGAGGUUCGGCUUUGGUAUUGCGGUGAGCGGAGGUAGAGACAAUCCACACUUCGCCAAUGGUGACCCCUCUAUAGCUAUCUCAGAUGUGCUCAAGGCAGGACCUGCCGAGGGCAAGCUUCUGAUCAAUGACCGGGUGACAUCCGUGAAUGGAAUACUUCUUGAUAACGUAGAACAUUCGGCUGCCAUCACCGUUCUCAAGGAAAGCGGAAACACCGUCACUUUGGUUAUUCGUCGGAGGGUACUUUUACCGACACCCAUGGAAACUGAGAGCAACACGCCCCUCAAAAUUACGCUAUCCAAGCGCAACAGAAAAGAUGAAUACGGAGUGGUGCUUGGAUGCCAGUAUUUCAUUAAGGAGAUCAUUGGACAGAGUCUCGCUGCUCAGGACGGAACCAUCAAGGAGGGGGACUUCGUACUUAAGAUCAACAACACGUCCAUUGAGAGCCUGUCCCUGGUGGAGGCGAAGCGUCUGAUAGACAAAACCAAGGACAAGCUACAGCUCUGUGUAACAAAGAAAAAGUUGGAGGAGAAACUACACAUUCGUCAAGGCAGCAAAACUGAUGAUGAAUACUCGCUGGGUUAUGGAACCUUACAGGGAACUCUCCAAUCAAAGAAACAAGAAAUAAACGACGUGAACUUCUACCGUUCGCCGAGUCAGAAUGACAAUGAUUUAUACAAAGGGAACUAUGAUCCCAAUAAUCUCCCGCCUGGGGCCUACCCCUCCUCGGAGCAUGCUCGGUACGACGGGCGCUAUGUUUACGACAAUGAGGCGCCCCCUAGGCCUCCGCUUCCACUGGAAACAGAUGCUCCGCCACGCCCUCCGAGCCCCGGUAAGGAACUGCUCCGCCCUGACGACUUCUACGGGCAGCCGACGUCACCAAAGUCACCGACCCGUGAACAGGAUGGUUACAUGAGUGACUCUCAACGCCGACCUCCAAUGUCCCCGAAACUACAAGACAUGAUGGACGCUGGCAUGAAGAGACGUCCACACGAAGAAAGAUAUGUCGGCAAACGGAAAGACAUAACGUUGGAGCCGCGUCAUGUCUAUUUCGAGAAAGAGCCGGAGCUUGGACUAGGUCUGCGACUGGCCGGAGGAAACGCCACCGGGAUAUUUAUAGCCUCUGUACAGCCUGGCAGUGGGGCAGAGGUUGUGGGGCUCACAGAGGGGGAUCAAAUACUCAUGGCCAACAACAAGGAUAUCCCGGGUUUGUCCCGAGAGGAGGCGGUCAGUUACCUGACCAGUCUGGAGGGGCGUGUCAACAUGAUAGUUCAGUACCAGAAGGAAGAAUAUGACAGAAUUAUGACCAGUCAGGAGGCGGGCGAUUCCUUCUAUAUCAAAACACAUUUUGCCUAUGAACAACGAGAACAGGGCGAGCUGUCCUUUACAACGGGCGAUAUAUUCCAUGUCAAGGACACGCUGUUUAGGGGCGUGGUCGGGUCGUGGCUUGUGACCCGGGUCGGACGUAAUAACCAGGAAACACAGAAAGGCAUUAUACCUAAUAAAAACAGAGCGGAACAACUAGCUAUCACCAAGCAACAGUCCGAGGAGGAGAAGGAGAAUUCGCCGUCCAAGAGUCGCAGCCUCCUUUUUAAACGUAAAGCCGCUCGCCGAUCUAAGUCGCUUGGCAAGGACCACUGGGAGGAUGUUAUAUUUUCUGAAAAUGGUGCGAGCCUUUCUACAAAAUUUCCCGCCUAUGAGAGAGUUGUUCUCAAAGACUGUGGGUUUCAUCGUCCUGUAGUGAUUUUCGGAGCCCUCGCCGAUGUGGCACGAGAAAAGCUUCUAAAUGAAUAUCCUGAUCAGUUUGAAUCGCCACAAAAUGAUGCAUCUACUCUGAAUGAUGACAAGAAAUCAAAUAAAUCAGGAAUUAUACGUUUGGGUGCAAUAAAGGAGAUUAUAACUAAGAGAAGGCACUGUUUACUUGACGUGACGCCACACAACGUUGAUCGUCUUAACUACGCCCAGUAUUACCCUGUCGUUGUCUUCCUGAAGGCCGAAAAUAAAAACGUCGUCAAGGAAAGUCGUGCUAGAUUCGCUAAAGGUUCCAGCAAAAAUCCAAAGAAACUUUUCGAACAGAGCGGAAAACUGGAGAAAAUAUAUCACCACCUAUUCACAGCCACGAUAAGUCACAACGCUACCGACAUCUGGUAUCGUCGGCUACGAGAAGUAGUGGAACUACAACAGAAACAGAAUAUCUGGAUGUCUGAACGCAAGCCCGAGGAUGAUAUCAGUGACGAUUACCUAUUCCCGAUGUCCAAUCGCCUUAGCUUCGCACCGUCCCAGCAGAGCGAGCUAGACUUAAGUCGACCUGUCGAUGACCUUGACCUUUCACCUAUGCAUAAGAAGCGACUAGUGAGGUCAUCUUCCGACCCCAGUGUGAACACAACAGACAGAAUUCCCGGCAUUCCACCGUACCCAGCACCUCCAGCGUACCACAAAACCCCGGGGGUACAGAAAAACCCGGGCAUGCUUGACGACAGAAGAUAUGUGGAAUUGGAUGGCCUCCCUGAGGACCGAUAUUAUGCAUCAUAUUACGCGUCGGAGAAUCGGCAUCACCCGGCCAGAACUCAGAUCGACCCGUAUGCCACCAUCACCCCACAUGAACGCCUCUACCCCCGAGGACAGCAGGAUGAGCGUUGGUUCAACCCUGCUUACGAUGACCCAGACCACCAAGGGAACCGUUACGGCCAAAACCAUCAUCGGCGGUCAGAAUCGGACCUAGCUCAUACGACCCGUCAAUCCACAUCAUCACUUCCCCCUCCCCCGCCUCAUCACAACGACCCUCAGCAUCAGCACCAUCGGCCCUACACAGAUAAUUCCUCAUACAGCAGUGAUUCCUAUACUAAGUACACGUCACACCCUGCCAACAAACACGACGAUUCCAAACUCCGUGAGAAACUUGGCGCCAAGGGGUCACAUGACCCGUACCGCUUCACACGGAGUACCGCACAUCCUGUCAGCACCGCACAUGUCGACAAAUCAAAACUUUCCGAUCUGUCAGCGAGAUACAGAAAAGAUGAACAGGGUCAGGGAAGAAGUAAAUCUGUGCCGUCCCAGCGGCCGGGGACUGCGCCCCCAGAGGUCGGAGGUCAUCAUCGCGACCCCAACAAUAAGAAGGAGCCGCCCCCAGUGCCUGUGAAAACCUAUAACCUGAAGGAUCGGGGUAUAGAGCCUGACGACCAGAAAAUCAGGAACUACGAAAAUUCUAACAGGAGUUACAACUAUGCAGAUUCCAGUAACUACGCCGUCGUCAACAAAAUCAAAACGGGCAACAUGCGCAGUCCUCCUUCCCAGGAUUACCACGACCCGAACGAAAACCCCUACGACUACGUCGCACCACGAUCCGGAUACCAAAGGCAGCCACAAGGAAACGAGAGAAUAAUGGCAAACCAUUACGCUCGACCUUAUGUUGCCCAGGAACCGAACAACCCGGAGCCUCACUCUGAUCGAGGUCAAAGGUCAGGAGGCGCGUUCGUUAAUCAAAUGUACAUGGACCAUCAGGAGUUACAGCGGCUUAAAGCACAGCAAGGCGGUGGCACUAACGGUCACCAUGGCAACAUGGAGGGCUAUUCUCGUGACCCUGGGUAUCCAAGUGCGGCUGAUCGCCCGAGAGAACGGAUGAAUGCUGACUCCACAGACACCGAUGAAAGGGGAAGCGCAUUUGAAGCAUACAAAAAGCCUGUCAUGUCGACUUUCGGAAAGUCUGAUAUGAAUGGUCCCUCCUCACCCAAACCUCUACUGCAGCCCGGCAGGCAGUACAGCCCUAACCAAGCCGUGUACAGCGACGAAACUAACAUGGUCACCUAUGACCCACAACCUCACUCUGACCUUGGUGAGAGUGAGGCUCGAUCUGACAGGUCAGGUGAUGUGUCAGGUGACAAGUCAGCUGAUCAAGAAGAGCGACAACGGUUUGAUAGUGACAGUAGUGGGUUAGACAGUGGAAAAUCUAUAGAGGAAGGUCACACAGUGGUGGCUACUGCCCGGGGAAUUUUCGACCACAAAGGUGGUGUGUUAGAAUCAAAAGAAACAGGUGUGAGUAUCGUCAUUCCACUAGGCGCUAUCCCUGAGGGCGUCCAGCAGGAAAUCUACUUUAAAGUUUGUAAGGACAACAACAUCCUUCCACCACUGGACAGAGAGAAAGGUGAGACGUUGCUGAGCCCCCUUGUCAUGUGUGGGCCCCACGGACUGAAGUUUCUCCACCCUGUGGAGUUGCGUCUCCCUCAUUGUGCCUCUGUCAACCCGGACAGCUGGUCAUUCGCCCUUAAGUCCAGUGACUCCCCCUCAGGACAUCCCACACAGUGGCAGAAUAUGAACCUGGCCGGCAUGGACCAAGGUUCUCAGGGUAAAGUAGGCAAGAGUAGCGUAUCCGUCCUGGUGGACCAUUUCUGAUCCACACACUCAUCCACCUAAAGGUCCACGGAGUCGGCGGACAGUUCCACAUAAGUUCCACUGACCAGGCAAUUCCACGCUAGUUAUACUGACGAGUCACUCAUCCAACUCGAGGUUGAAACGGUAGGUGGACAAUUCCACGCAAGUUAUACCGACCUGCACUGUGCAGACAAAGAGGACGUCACGUGUGGAAUGGCAAUUAAAGUGGAUAAGGUUAAUAUUCCACAUGAAGUGGAUAAGGGUAAUUUCUAUCCAGACAGUAGACGCCGUUGUACAAUGGAAACAGGCCAGCAAUGGAUACGUUCACUGCAAACCGUAUAACUUGUAUACUAAGUACAACAUGGACACAGGGACUGGAUACGUUUAAUACAAACCGGAUAACUUGUAUACUAAGUACAACAUGGACACAGGGACUGGAUAUGUCUCCAUCUGGUCAUGUGCUUCGUCAGUGGAUAAUGUGGAUACAUUACAGGAUGGAUAUCCACACAUGGGAGUGUAUACUGAAUACUGCAUAGAUGAUACCAGAUUCUACAUCAGUACAGAUCUUACGAACAGUUACAUCUAUAAACGGUUUAUUAUGUAUUUCAUCCACUCAGGAAAUUAAACAAAACUUUUGUUUUUGUGGUCUAAACUUUUAAUCUUCACAGAGAUAUACACUUGGGUCUUCUUGUGGGAGGAAACCAGAGUACCCGGAGAAAACCUGCGUGGUAGGGCAGGUGACCCCAUACCUUUUCACAUCUGAUUGGGGAAUCCAACCCCGGCUGCUUUGGUGAAAGGCAAGUGCGCUAUCCACUGCACCACCCGGCCACCCAAUCAGGGAUACUGUAUAGUUUGAACAAGUCUGAAGUAAAAACACAGUCUGAACAAGUCUGAAGUAAAAACACAGUCUGAACAAGUCUGAAGUAAAAACACAGUCUGCUUCGUAUCCAUAGUUUAGAAACCCUAACAUAUCAUUAUGAAAUGCAAUGAAAUCAAAAGUUACAGAGAACAUGCCCUGGUUGAACUCAAUCUUAUAAAUUAGGCCAUAUUCAGUCAAAAUUAGACAGGAUUGCUUCCAUUUAUGAUGGUAACAACUGUUUUUUCGGCAAUAUUUUAUGACAGACUUGCCUACAUUUUUAUUGGUCAGUUCUGUUGUAUUGCAAUAGUUUACAAUGGAUUUGUUCCAUUACAUCCGUCUAGUUGUACAGUUGAUCAGACCGAGCCACAAAAUGGGAGGAUUAUUACUUUUACACAGAUUCAUUCAGGUUUUGCUAUAUUGAAGUACUCAAUUGAAACGGCAGCAGAUUUUGAGAUGAACAUGUUAUAUUUCAAAACUUGAUUUGAUACAUCAUGUAAUGUUCCUGAAAUGAACAUUGGAAAAUUUGUCGUUUACUGUUCUUUAGAGUUGAUGAUGUUAGGAGCAUACAGAACAAUAAUUGUAACAUUGUAUUUUUGUUUACAUGUCAAUCUUUUUGUGUUUGACUUACAAGAUCUCCUUAAGUUUUAAGUUUACCGUUGACAGCUUAGUGAUAGAUGUUCAUGUGUUGUGAACUUGGUUCAUGUGUUAUGAACUACAUUGUAACUAUGAGCGUGAUCUUUUUGGUUGUGAUUUACAAUUAAUACUUACAUGAGCCGGUUGAAUUGUGAUCACCAUGAAAGGAAUGUAAUCAGGAUAAAAAUGGGUGUGGUUAUGAUAAUUAGCAUAAAAAGGGGCGUGGUUAUGAUAAUCGGCAUAAAAAGGGGGUGUGGUUAUGAUAAUGAAUCUUUCCGGCAUGCUUUAUUCAAAAUGAGUUUUCAGGGGAAAACAACUCUUAUAAGAUAUAGAUUUUGGAAAAUAUGAUAUUGAAACGAAAUCUCCAGCGACUGCUAAACAAGACACAUUGUUGAUGUUUUUAUUUAUUUUUGAGGUUGUCUUGACCUUUUCACCCCUAGGUAACUUUAGUAGACUCUACCAUGCAUUGGUGGGGAUGAGUUCAUUAUGGUCUACAGGGGUGAAAGGGUUAACUUUUCCAAUGACCUAGGUUGUUCUCAUUCCUCCAGUGUGUAUCCUGAUCGCAUUUCCAGUCAUUGACAUGUACAGAUUUAUACAACUCUAAAGGAAGGAUUUAUCGGGCCUUUUUAACUAUUUAGCCUCAUUACAUAUGAUCAGAGUCAUCGGCCCAGGACAAUGUAUAGAUGAAAAGUGUGUUGUUUGAAGUCAGUGGCCCUGAUUAUGUAUAUGUAUAAAGUUGGUGUUUUAUCCAUGAGCCUGGUUAUAUAGAAAGUUUACACUUCCACUGACUAUAUGUAUAGAUUCAAAUUUGGUUGGUGUCAGGCCUGCCCUGGUAUUUAUACAAAGUUUGUCAUCAUGGGCCCUGGACUAUGUAUACAAGUGAGGGUUGUGUAAAGAGUCAUUGGCCCUGAUCAUUAAUCUGAAUACAAUUUAGUAUAUCGUCUAUUUAUAAUGUCCUGAGCCCUGCACACUGAACAGACUAAAAGGGCCCUGUACUAUUUAAACUGGAAAUUGCCUUAUAAGGGGUUAGGCCUAAAGAGGCCCCGUAUUCUGUAUAAUGUAGUACUACUAUACAGGAGAUUUUAUGAACAAAAAUAUAUUCGUUUUCUGUGAUAAAACCUGAUAUUUGUACGUUGAAAGUAAGAAAAUUAUAAACAUGUUGAUAUUAAGAUAUUGUUAGGUAACCUUACUGCUGUAAAAUGUUGAUUUUUAUCAUUAUUUGUUAAAACGAUCAGAAAAUAUAGCUUUGUGUAUACAAUUUUGAAAAUAUCUUUCUUUAACUUAUUCACCCCUUUGAAGACACAACUUAACUCUUCCAAUUCAAAGCUGGGAAUAGCUCAUCAUGAAAUUUGAGGGGUGAAUAUGUUAGUAAACGUUUAUGGUUGAAAAAUGACCUGAGCUGCAUCAUUCUUCUCUCACAGCAAGUAAAAGCCGUUUCUGGUACUUUUUUUUUUUUACUUUUACUAAGUCGACUUGAGUGAUGUAUUAAGGUUGUGAGUCGCCCUUUAUAUGUGAUUUUACGUGAGGUUGUGUUUUCUUUAUUUUUCUCUGUUCGUGUCAACUUAUUUGAAGAACUAUAACUUAAAGGGACAUUUUUUUGUGAUGUGAAAAGUUUGUAAUUACGGAUUGACCGUCAUUUUGACGGCAUAUACAGUAGUAUGAAUGCAGUUGCAUGGCAACGAACAUAUUCUAUGGUGCGCGUUACAAUUUAUUUUAUGUGAAUUUACCUUUAUGUGAGUUUUUUUCUUUAUGAAAAUCAGAAAAUAUAUCAUACUCAAAUAUUUUUGUCACACUUAAUUUGAAAAUUUGCUGAAACGAGAACACCAAUGAUUAUGACAAAGGGAAUUAACUCUGAUAUAAAUUUAUUUUUGUUAAAGGAAGUGUUCUUUGUUCCAGAGAAGCACACAUAAUAGUUUUAUAUAUUUCUGCUCGUUCUAUUAAAAUGUCUGUUGUAUCUGUAUGUUAUGUAAUAUAAUGGAAUUGAUAAGAGAAUUCGUCAGUUUUCAAAACAACAAUACAUAUAUAUAUCACUGCAAUAAAAGUAUGAUAUAUUUUUUUUCAAAUUCUUUCUGGAAAUUUGAAAUUGCCCCUUUGCGUUACCUAUCUAUUGUACUAAACACCCGCUCUCCGAUAGUGUCGUUUCUAAUUUGUUCCUUUAACUAGACAGGAUGUGUACCAAAUAAUGAAGUUUCACAAUAUUUUUGUAAGAGAAGACAUUUUUCGUUCAUAUUGAACACAAAAAUGAUUGUCUUUUUAUCCAGUGCAAGUUUCAUAAUUCUAGUUAUAACAAAAACAAUUAAAUAUUUCAGGUGAUUAGUACGACAAAAACAGUGAUUGUAGCGUCAGUGCUGAUGUAGAAUGUUGACUUUAGAAAAGUGUUGAGUAUUUUAGAGAUGAUUUUUGUAAAAACUGUCAAAGAGCAUUAUUUUGUUAUAAGAGUGCUGAGGUGUGCUUACCAUUGUUGGUCACACCUCAUCGUUCUGAAUAGAAUGGAUCUGAUGUACAGUGUAUGUGGAGAUGUGUGUUCCAUUGUAGAUCAACUGGUUCUUUAGAACCAGCCAUCAAAAUGGUAAAUGUUCUGCUGUACAUUUAUUUUAUUGUACUAUUAAACUGUUUUCUAUUGUGAAUACAGUGGGUUCAUUUGAAUCCACCAAUCUCGUGAUAUUUAAACCAUGUACAUCCGUUUAAAUUUGCCUGAUCAUUUACAAGUUGUAUUAUUUUAAAAUUGUAACAAAAGUGGAAUUAUAUAAAGAAUAAAUCAAACAGAAAUGCUACAUCUAUGCAGCAUUUAAUAUAUUCAGUCGUGGGCCCUGUAGAUGAAUGGGGCCCUACUUAUGUAUAGAAAACACCUCUUGCCACUGUUAGGGGUACCCAAAGGGGAAUCAAUCACCUACUGUAAGAGGCCCAGGAAGGGGUAAUCAUGUGGAUAGCAAUAAAAUCAUUUGUCAUAUGAAUUACAAGGAAACAGUAUUUUGUAUGUGCUGUUUGAUCAUUUCAUGUAAAUAAUAAUGUGUACAGGGAGGUAUUACUCCUUGUGAUUUAUACUGAAGAGAAAAAAUAAAAUAUUCAAACAUC